CCAGUGAAACAAAUUCAGUAUUCCGGAAAACAACGAUUCACAGCAGUAGUCACCAAAACAACAUUGUAUGAGUCCAGUCCCAAUGGAUUAAAAGUGCAUCUGACAGGAUGGCAGAGGGCUUCUUGAUGGAGGUGUGUGUGGACUCAGUGGAGUCUGCUGUCAAUGCAGAGAGAGGAGGUGCAGGUCGGCUUGAACUGUGCUCCAGUCUUGUGGAGGGAGGGCUCACCCCCAGUCUAGGUCUGCUGCAGGUUGUAAAGCAGUAUGUCAAAAUCCCAGUCUAUGUGAUGAUCCGUCCUCGUGGCGGGGAUUUCCUGUACUCGGACCAGGAAGUGGAGGUGAUGAGGAGGGACAUAGAGCUGAUGAAGAGGCACAAUGCAGAUGGACUGGUGCUGGGAGCCCUGACAGAGGACGGACGGGUGGACGCGGAGCUCUGCAUGGAACUACUAGCUGUGUCUCGCCCGUUGCCUGUCACCUUCCACCGAGCUUUUGACAUGGUCCAUGACCCUGCAGUUGCUCUGGAGACUCUGGUAUCAUUAGGGUUUCAACGUUUGCUGACAAGUGGAUGUGACAGCUCUGCACUGGAGGGUCUCCCACUCAUCAAACGGCUGGUCGAGCAGGCUAAAGGCAGAAUUACUAUCAUGCCAGGAGGAGGGAUCACAGAGAGAAACUUACAAAGAAUCCUUGAGGGAUCGGGCGCUGUGGAGUUUCACUGCUCUGCUCGCUCCAGUAGGGAUUCUGCCAUGAAGUUCAGGAACACCUCUGUGACUAUGGGAGCCUCUUUUUCAGCACCCGAGUAUGGCCUAAAGGUGGCAGAUGUGAGCAAAGUCCGCACUCUCAAUGCAAUUGCCAAAAACACCCUGUGAGGGAAAACCACGGGACAAUCAUCGCAGAAAUGCAAGAGAGAUACCUCAGAAUUAAUCAUGGAUAAUUGUGCUGAUAUGUCAGUGUUGCCAUUUAGAGCCAGAGGAAGCAGAAAUAGCAGAGCUGGCACAGAGCACUAUGUUUACCACUGUUAAGUCGGGGACUGUUGUUGUAAAGGUUCAAGGCUCACUUAUUGUCUGUGACAUGCAGUUUGUUAGAGUCAGUACCUCACAAUUAUAGCUGGCUUUCCACUGUCACGCCAAGCACAGAUGUGUUAGUGUGUGCCAAGACCAGUUGCCUUUCCAUUUUCACUUCUGAAGUGAGUGAGUGGAGAGAGUGAUUAAUAAUUUGAACAGUGAUGUUGUGUAGGUCUAUGGGGCCUUAGUAAUUGUAUAAUACAACAUCCAAUUCUAGGGCGUCUUGUUUGAAGACUGGCUUGACUGUAUAGAGUUCUUCUACUCAGCAAACAACAUUUAGGUUUCAUUUUCUAAGCUCUAACUGGCAAGUCCCUUUUGUAAUUGAAGGUACUUUUCUUUUGAUGAAAUCUCUCUGCUUGAAGUGAAGGUUAACAUGAAGCCAUUACCAUCUCUGUACAGCUUUAGUCUUUGCAGGGACUGAAAUGUUAUGGGUUGUUGAUUCAGUUUGCUUGGAAUUUAAUAAAAGUCAUUGAAAUUUGA